CACCUGUUUUCGACGAUGACGACCUCUUUCUUGCAAUAUGAGGCUCCUUGGCCUGUUCAAAGUAUGGAUUGGUGUAAAACUCCCGCACCCGGCCAGCAACUUCGUCCUCGAUCAGGCUUCCGGCUAGGCCUUGCAUCGUUCAUAGAGAACUACCAGAAUCGGAUAGCUAUCGCUGGACUCCAAGAUGAGCGGGUACUCGUCGAGGACGACUACAACGACUACCCUGAUUUUGUGACCCUUUGCGAAGCCCACCACGGCUACCCUGCCACAAGCCUCCAAUGGCAACCUUCAGCGGCAACAUCCCAUCCAUGGUCACAAAAAUCGCCAUCUACCGAACUAUUAGCGACAACGGCCGAUGCUUUGCGUGUUUGGGAAUAUAACAGCGACGGCGCACCCACCCCAUCAAGUUAUGUGGGUCGUCAGCCCAGCUCUGGGUCUCAUGCUCUCACUCUGAAGACGGCGUUGUCUGGACAAUCCAAAGUCCAAAACCAGUCGAAUGGAGCGCCAUUGACCAGCUUCUCGUGGAAUGAGAAGGCACCGAGUCUGAUCGUAACGUCGUCUAUCGACACAACUUGUACUGUCUGGAACAUCGACACUUCUUCGGCAAUAACUCAGCUAAUUGCCCAUGACCGAGAAGUCUACGAUGUCGCGUGGUUGCCCGGAUCUACCGACAUUUUCGUGUCAGUUGGGGCAGAUGGGAGCCUCCGGGCAUUCGACCUUCGAAGUUUGGAGCACUCUACUAUAUUGUACGAGACACCUGCUCCAAAAAAUGUCCCACCCAGUGCAUCACCAUCGACUUCUGCUCGACCGCCAACCUCGCCACUACUGAGGAUAGCUUUCAACCCAUCCGACUCCAACUACAUGUCAACCUUCCAUAUGGAUGGUUCCGACAUUCAGAUACUCGACAUGAGAAGUCCGGGCUCGCCUGUCAUGGAGCUUCGCGGUCACCAUGCUGCAAUCAACGCUUUGGGAUGGGGCUCGACUGAGCACCCACUACUGGCGACAGCGAGUGAUGACUGCCAGCUGCUUUUGUGGGACUUGGCCAACUACACACAAAGCGCCGCAUCGCCACGGAGUGCUGGAUCGCGCCUGAACUCACCGCGACCGGAUGUGAAAAAACGGGUUGUGACCGAGCCCGUGAUGGCAUACACCGCUCCAAGUCAGAUUACGAAUCUUGCGUGGUCCCCGCCUAUCCAAGGCGCUACUCCAGCCAUCACACAAGAGCCUGUUCAGCGAAAGACCUCUCGCUCAACAGAUUCUUUGAACGAAAAAGAGGGUCUCCCAACUGACCCAGAGGCCGUCAUCCUCGCCAAAGACACGGAAGACGUUGAAGAUGCUCGUGACCGUCGCAACAACCUCUACCGCACUCUCCGGCCAUUCAUUCUUGGUGCAACUGCCCUACUAAUUCUCGGCUGGUGGAUCUCAAGUCUCCUCGUUCUUCACCACCAACGCUGGAUUGUUGAGACUCUGUUUGCAUGGUUUUUCAUCCUUAUCAUCGCAUUCCGUUUCAUUCCGGCGUCGAUCAUCUCUGGCCCUGUUAGCGCUGUUUGGGUUCCCCUUGUCCAGACGCCUUGGUACAAGCUUCCUUAUCGUGCUCGUGUCGCAGUGGGAUGGCUGUGUCUGCUUGCCAUCGUCUUUGGCUCCGCUUUCGGGUUCAAGCCCGACGGGAACACCACAUAUGGUGACCGUGCCAUCUCCGUUCUCGGCCUUUUCGUCUUCCAGUUGGGUUUCUUCGCUACCUCGAAGAAGCGAUCCGCCAUUCCCUGGCCUACCGUCAUUGUCGGUCUCGUUCUUCAACAAGCCAUUGCCUUGUUUGUCUUGAAGUCUGGUGCCGGGUUCUCGAUUUUCAAAUGGAUCGCGACCCUUGCUUCCGACUUUUUGGCCCAAGGCCUUGUUGGAGCCGGCUUCUUCUUCGACCAAGAGACCAUCGGAAAACAUUGGUUCUUUGUCAACACUCUCGGCUCCAUCAUCUUCUUCGUCGCGUUUGUUCAGAUGUGCUACUACCUCGGCGUCAUGCAAUGGAUUAUCAAGCAUUUCGCUUGGUUCUUCUUCAAAUUGAUGAACGUCUCUGGCGCUGAAGCUGUUGUCGCUGCCAGCUCUCCUUGGAUCGGCCAGGGUGAGAGUGCUUGCUUGGUUCGUCCUUACGUCGACCUCAUGACUGAGUCCGAGAUUCACCUUACGAUGACCUCUGGUUUCUCUACUAUCGCUGGUAGUGUCCUUUCUGCCUAUAUCAGUCUCGGUGUCCCUCCCCAGAACCUUGUCACUUCGUCCGUGAUGAGUAUUCCCGCCUCCAUUGCCAUCUCCAAAAUCCGCCUGCCUGAACUCGAUGAGCCUGUCACUCGUGGUCAGGUUGUUGUUGACCGUGGUGAAGACAAGAAGGGUGCACCCGCUAAUGCGCUGCAUGCCUUCAGUCAAGGAGCUGUCUUCGGUCUCAUUGUCGCGGGUCAAAUUCUCACUAAUGUCCUCACCGUCCUGGCCCUCGUCGCUACUAUCAACGGUUUGCUCACGUGGAUUGGCCGUGGCUUCGGUCUUCAUGAUGCUCAUGCUCUUACGCUCCAACUCGUCUUGGGCUAUAUCCUCUACCCAGUCACGUUCUUCCUUGGUGUACCUCGUGGUGAAAUCCUGGAAGUUUCUCGUCUCCUGGCCACCAAACUCGUUGCCAACGAGUUCGCCGCCUACCUCGACCUCCAGGCUAUCAUGAAGGGUGACCAUCCCCUUUCCCCUCGCGCGUACACAAUCGCAAGCUACGCACUGUGCGGCUUUGCUAACUUGGGCUCCGUUGGUAUCCAAAUUGGUGUUCUUGGCGCUUUGGCACCAUCACGAGGCAAGAUCAUCGCCAAGCUUGCUUUCUCUGCUAUGAUCUGCGGCUUCUUGUCCACGCUGCAGACCGCAGGUAUCGCAGGCAUGCUCGUUUAA